AAUUUACAAUACCGCGCAAACUGCAAACACCGCUGGCUGCGAAAUAUUACGCAUUGACCACGGAUUUUAUAAUAAUAAUUAUUCUUACAUUUUUAAUUCUAUUUAUUUGUUUUUUUUAAUAUGGCUGAGAAAUUGGAGGAUCUGAAUCUGCCACUUACAGUGGUCGGGAGAAUAGUUAAAGAGGUUCUACCCGAGGGUGUUUCUAUUUCGAAAGAGGCUCGGACUGGUUUAGCAAAAGCUGCAUCUGUUUUCGUUCUAUACGUGACAUCAGCUGCAACGAACACAGUAAAACAUCACAAACGAAAAGCUUUAACAGGUCAAGAUGUCCUGGAGGCCAUGGCUGAUAUAGAAUUUGAACGGUUUGUUGAACCACUACGAGAGGCCUUAGAACAGUAUAAAUUAAACGUUUCUGCAAAGAAAUCUGCCGGCAAGAAGAAAGAAGACGAAGAUGUAGAGAUGGUAGAUGAGGAAGCUUAAAAUUGUGAAAAUGAAUAAAGACGAAUUGUGAUACUGGGUCAUUUUGUAAAAUGUGCAGUUGUACAAAUUGGUGAUUUGUUAAAUAUAAGGUUAAACUUUGUUCACUCUUUUCUAUAAUGAAGUUAUUUUAUUUGAAGAUCAAGCAGGAUAAAAUUCUAAAUGGUAGUAAUGUUGUGAACUGCCCUGGCCUAUGUGUAAGCAAUUACAAAUAGUAUUAUCAAGUGAAAUAAAAGAUAGUGAUUAAUUUAAUUAUUUUAUUAAUGAAUAAAAUUUUCAGACAUAA